UGAAGGAGGGAGGCGAUAAGACGCUGAUGAAUUCUCUAGAGUGAAAGGAAAGGAUAUCUCUCUCUCCCCCUCUCUCUCUCUCUCUCUUUCUCUCUCUUCACCGCCAGAACCUUGAGCGCAAACACAAAGAGGAAGAGAAAGACUAUAUUUCCCCCCCGUUUCUAUCCCAUCACUAUGUGGACAUACAACACCGGGCUUCAUAACUAGACGCGCCUGCAGUUAUUUGGUGCUUAUUUGAACGUUUUCAUCGCUGCUCCAUUCAUCAACCUGCUCGCCAUAGAGAAGCCCAGCGGAGACUAUCGAUCCGUUCCUCCGGCGAGUCAUGGCGAAAGAUCCCGAUCGGAACAGCUGCCUUCUGCGCGAUCUACGACAGCGAGCCGGUAACGAGCUGUGCGCGGACUGCGGCGCUGCAGAGCCGGAUUGGGUGUCUGUGACGCUGGGUGUGUUCGUGUGUCAGGGAUGCUCGCUCAUCCACAGAAGCAUUGAAAGCCUCAGCCAGGUGAAGUCUGUGCUGCAGGACACAUUUGAAGAUAAAGAGAUCGAGUUUAUCACAUCUAUGGGGAAUGAAGCAGCAAAGGCCAAGUACGAACAGCAAGUUCCUCCAUUUUAUCACCGUCCCUCCCACACAGACUGCAGGAUUUUGAGGGAGCAGUGGAUCAGAGCCAAGUAUGAGAGACAAGAGUUUAUACACAUCGAGAAACAAGAGCCUUAUUCAGCAGGAUACAGAGAGGGCUUUCUGUGGAAACGUGGUCGAGACAACGGGCAGUUCCUCAGUCGCAAGUUCAUUCUGUCUGAACGAGAAGGAGCGCUGAAGUACUUCAACAAGCAGGACGCAAAAGAACCAAAGGCCAUAAUGAGGAUUGAAACCCUAAAUGCUACUUUCCAGCCGGCUAAAAUAGGAAACCCCUGCGGUCUGCAGAUCACCUAUCUGAGGGACAACAGCACCAGGAAUAUCUUUGUGUACCAUGAGGACAGUAAGGAAAUGGUGGACUGGUUCACUGCGAUCCGGGCAGCACGGUUUCAUUACCAGAAGGUGGCAUUUCCUGGAGCUAAUGAUGAGGACCUGGUACCCAGACUCACAAGGAACUUCAUGAAGGAAGGUUACAUGGAGAAAACAGGCCCAAGGCACACAGAGGGCUUUAAGAAAAGAUGGUUUACCAUGGAUGAUAGGAGACUAAUGUACUUUAAAGAUCCCUUGGAUGCAUAUGCACGUGGCGAGGUGUUCAUCGGCAGUAAAGAGAACAGCUAUACCGUGGUAUCUGGACUGCCGCCCUCGAUCCAGGGAUAUCACUGGAAGUACGGGAUCACCAUUGAAACCCCGGACAGGAAGUUCCUGUUUGCUUGUGAAACCGAAGCGGAGCAGAAGGACUGGAUCGCUGCCUUUCAGAGAGUCGUCAACCGACCCAUGAUGCCGCAGGAGUACGCAGUUGAGGCUCAUUUCAAGCACAAGCCUUGAUGCUGGCUGUAAACCUGCCUGUGUGUGUGUGUGUGUGCUGCAGGCGGGAUGGACUGGACAAUGAACAGCUAUAUUCUGUCCAAUGAAGCACUCCGGACCGAGCGAGUACAAGAAACGGCCCCUUCCUACCUUGAUUUAGUGCUAGCGGCCCGGACGCUGGACUGUGUCGCAGACGUCAACAGAGCGCCAACACUGAGGCUUACUUAUCAUGAAUGUGUAACCAGAGGGUCCCGUCAGCCGAGCUACUGUACAAAUAUGGCAUGUGAAUGUUGUUCAUCGCUCUUAAACCUAACAUUUAAUCUGUAAAUCACAAGGUGAGCAAGUACUAAACACCGCAGUGCGUUUUGACUGAUGUUAUUUAUUGGAUUUUCCAAGCGAAUGCUGCUGUGACGUUUAGUGGAUCCUCAAGACGCUACGCUACACCACUCCGAGUGUCCUUUCUGAUCGUCUAGGGCUUUCGUUCAUCAUUAUUGAUCAUUUAAAUGUGUGAAAACCAUGUUAGAAAACCAGUGUGACCAAUAUAGGCAGAGGUUUCAUAUACUACAUACUACUUCUGGUGUCUGUGCAGGUGCAGUGUGCCAGGUUUCUACAGACGGUUCUGUUCUUGAUUUAUCCUCCUCCACUAGGUGGAAGCAUAUCACACAGAUUAAGAUGCAUGUGCUCAUCACUGUUUCUUUUUAUGCAAAAUAGGGUUGAUAUUAGCCAGAGACUGAUAUAUCGGCCGAUAUUUGGCCAUUUGGAGAUUAUCUGCUGAAAACCAAGUUGACUUGACUGAAUAAAACUAGUGAUAGUUCCCCUUAUCUUAGUCAGUAGGUGCACUCAUCAAAAUAUUUAGGCCUAAAUGGAAGAUUUAUUUAUUUGAAUUGCAUAUCAAAUUUGGAUUCAACUUAAUUAAACUUAAACUUAAUCUAACCAAGUUUAUAUAUUUCAUUUAUUAAUAAAUCCUGUUUGUUUCUGUUUUAAAUUUUAAACACGUUCAUAAUUUUUAACUGCAUAAAUGUGAUUGAUUUCACAAAUGCAUGCUGAUUCUAAGGAAUUAAAUAUUAUUAUUAUUAUUUAAAUUAAAUCAAACAGAUGCAAAUAGUUAAUAAUAAACUAUGAUUUUUGCUUGCAGACCUGUUUCAUUUCUGUAUGACUUACAAAUAUGCAUCACAUUAUGUUUGUUUAUGUUAAAUCCAAAUUUUAUAUGCAUUUCAAAUGCAUAAAUAUUCAAUUUAGGCCUAAAUAUUUAAGCAUCUAUUUAAGCUCAUUUGCUGUCAUUAAAUUACAUUGUGUAUAUAUAUCAGCAUUAUAUUGGUCAUCAGCAUAAAUAUUGGUAUCAAAAAAAAAAAACACUUUGGUUGACCACUGCUUUAUAUACAGCAUCCUUAAUUUCAGCCAGACUACAUCUGUUGACUCUGAAGAAUACGUUAAAAUAUUCUACAGAUUUGAUAUAAUGGAUAUGAAUGUUUAGAUGGCAGGUUGUAAUAAUAAUAAACUGAUGCAUAUCACAGCUCCUGUAAUGUAACUCCAGCCCUCUUGUUCAGGUUAUGAUGAUGCUAUUCAGGUGUUUUUCUUCUAAUUUGAUUCAAAUAAGGGUUAGUGAAUGUUUACCAUCAAAAACGUAUCAUGGUGUUACCAUGGGUUUGUUUUUGGGGACUUGUACCAUGGUAAAGGAUAAUGUACAGUCACUCUCAUUCUGUGGCCAGUCAUUAUGUCAAAGUAAACAACAUAAGAGUGGUUUAUUUUGUGAUCAUGACUGUCUGACUGUACAUUAUCCAGCUUACAGCUACUUAACACAUAAAUAAAUAUGUGGACAUGAAAUACUGAUUUGAGUUGAAUUUAUUUUUUUGCUCAGCAGGGUUAUUACAGUCAACUAAAAUUAAAAUAAUAAUAAAAAAGCAUGUUGUUAGCUGAAGCAAAAGUAACUGAAAUUAAAUAUAAGAAACAAGAAAUUUAGGAAAUUUAAUUUUUCUUUAUUUAUAUUAAUA